AAUUUUUUUGUCAAGGCACCCCGACUGUUGACACCUUGGCCGUUCAAAAUGGACAAAUACAACAUACCGGAAGGAGUUCAAGUCUUUGAUCGCAUUGCAGAUUUUCGUCGUUGGCGACGCAGCAUUCUACUUCAAGGCCAAACUCUUGGUUAUGUUCCAACUAUGGGUGCCCUCCACGCUGGGCAUAUAAGUUUAGCUGAACGCGCUCGUCAAGGCAAUGACCAUGUAGCGCUUACUAUAUUUGUCAAUCCUGCUCAGUUUGCUCCACAUGAAGACCUUUCCAGUUAUCCUAGAACACUUCAAGCAGAUUUGGACCAAAUAAGUAGGUUACCAGUGGGAACUGUAACAGCUGUAUUGGUUCCGCAGGUUAGCGAAAUCUAUCCUAAUGGAAUUGAACUGGAUGUAUCCAAGCAAAUUGGUGCUUUUGUUGAAAUCAAGGGACUCUCCCAUCAAUUGGAAGGUGGAACACGGCCACACUUUUUCAGAGGAGUUGCAACGGUUGUGUCAAAAUUCUUCAACAUUAUACAACCUGAACAUGCUUACUUUGGUCAGAAGGAUGUUCAGCAAUGUGUUUGCUUGAGGCGACUUGUGGAGGAUCUUCAUUUCCCACUACAAUUGCAUAUUUGUCCAACUCAGCGGGAGAGUGAUGGUCUUGCCAUGUCAUCACGCAAUAUCUAUCUUACUCCAUCACAAAGAAAGCACUCACUAGUUCUAUACAAGAUGCUCUCAAGCAUAGAAAAGAACUACAAAGAUGGAGAACGCUCAAGAGAUAAGCUCCUUGCUGACGCUAUGGACAUCUUCAAUGCAGAAGAAAAGCAAGUUGCAGCUUUGCAUGAAGACUGGACUAUGAAAUUAGACUACGUUAGCAUUGCCAAUCCAAGGACCUUGGAUGAAGAAAUGUCAGAUCUAGAAAGUGGUUUCAUCGCUAGCAUUGCAGUUUUCCUGGGUAAAACCCGUCUUAUUGACAACUUCCUUAUCAACUGCGAGUUAUAGUUGUGCAGAGAAGAAAAAUUUGGGACAAUAAAAGCUGGCUUAAAAAUUUGGCAACUGGAAUGUUGGUAGUUUUAGAUCCAUAUACACCCACUAAGCUCUUUCUUCUUCUUUUUUUCUUUUUUUGGUUCUGAUAUCAAAAUAAGUCUUUGCAUUCCCGUUGGUCCAGAUUGAC